CCCUGUGCCCCACAUCUCCCUCGCCAGCUCUACGUUUUCCAGCCAUACCUGAUGCCAGCAGCCUCCUGCCCCAUUGCUGCUGGCCCCACCACAGCAGAGGGGUGGAAGGACUGGUGGGGUGCUCCGGGGGGGAUGCCGGUGGUCACCUCCUGCUGCCCAAUGUCCCUCCUUGGGGACUCUUCCCCCCUCCCGCCCCGAGGAGGUCCACACCAACAUUCUCCUCCCAAACCCUUGAGCUGGGAUAGUCUCAAGUUUUCUCCGCCCCAUGCCCCGCAAUUCACCCUCCCUUAUCUCCCACGGGGCUGGAAAUACCAGACAGAGACCUUGGAGCGAGCACAGGCAGCUGAACCCAGAGGAGAGGGAGAGCAGGGUGGUGCUCAGAGCCUCCCCUCGGGAUGAGUCCCCACGCGGAGCUGGUGAGCCGCCUGCGGGCAGCCUGGCUCUCGGGGAAGACGCGGCCCAUGGAGUACCGCGUGGCUCAGCUGGAGGCCCUGGGACGCUUCUUGGAUGAGAAGCAGCAGGACAUCCUGGAGGCCACCGCCGCAGACAUGCGCAAGCCGCCCUUUGAAGUGGAGGUCUCCGAGCUCUCCAUUUGCAGGAGCGAGCUCAACCACACGCUCAACAACCUGGGCGCCUGGAUGAAGGACAAGCAUGUGGAGAAGAACUGGGCAACGCAACUGGACUCAGCCUUCAUCCGCAAGGACCCCUACGGGGUGGUGCUCAUCAUCGGGCCCUGGAACUACCCCAUCAACCUCCUCCUGGUGCCCCUCAUCGGGGCCAUCGCUGCUGGUAACUGCGUUGUCAUGAAACCCUCUGAAAUCACCAGGAACGUGGAAAGAUUAGUGGCUGAGACGCUGCCCAGGUACCUGGAUGAGGUAGGAGUGCCCUCGGCUGCAGCCACCUCCCUCUCCAGGGACACCUGCCCCUCUGUGUCCCCAACCUGCUCGGCCAAACCACGUCCCCCCCCAUGUCACCCUGCUCCUGCCCGCCUCUGGUACCCCGCUCCCCACCUCCUUGCUGUGUCACAGGACUGCUUUGCCGUGGUGACCGCCGGCGUGGAGGAGACCACCAGACUGCUGGAGAAUAAGUUUGACUAUAUUUUUUUCACCGGCAGCCCCUCCGUGGGGAGGAUCGUGAUGACAGCCGCUGCCAAGCACCUGACGCCCGUGACGCUGGAGCUGGGGGGCAAGAACCCCUGCUACGUGUCCGACUCCUGCAACGUGCAGAACGUGGCCCGGCGGGUGGCCUGGGGCCGCUUUUUUAACGCGGGGCAGACCUGCGUGGCACCCGACUACGUGCUGUGCAGUGCGGAAAUGCAGGAGAAACUGCUGCCCGCUCUGCGCGAGGCCAUCACCGAGUUUUACGGCCCCAACCCUCGGGAGUCCCCCGACUUUGGCCGCAUCGUGGGGGACAGGCAGUUCCAGCGGGUGCAGGCACUGCUGCACAGCGGGCACACGGCCAUUGGAGGACAGACGGACGCAGAGGAGCGCUACAUCGCCCCCACAGUGCUGGUGGAGGUGCAGCAGAAUGACCCCGUCAUGCAGGAGGAAAUCUUUGGGCCCAUCCUGCCCAUCCUCACGGUGGACAGCGUGGACGACGCCAUCGCCUUCAUCAACGCCCGAGAGCGGCCGUUGGUCCUCUAUGUCUUCUCCUCCCGCAAGGAGGUGGUGAACCGGGUGCUGGAGCGGACGAGCAGCGGCGGCUUCUGCGCCAACGACACCAUCAUGCACAUGACGAUCCCCUCACUACCCUUCGGCGGCAUCGGGCAGAGCGGCCUAGGCAGUUACCACGGUCGUUCCAGCUUCGAAACCUUCUCGCACCAGCGGUCCGCGCUGCUUCGCGGGGCCGGCCGGGAGACCCUCAACACCCCACGUUACCCGCCCUACGCCCCGCAUCGCCUCCCGCUGCUCCGCGCCGCCACCGAGACCAAGCGCCGAGCCACCUGCCUCCUCCUCUGAGCCCCGCCGCCGCCAUCAUAAACACUCCUUUCCACUUCUA